UAAGUAGUAACAAUGAAAUUAUAAAAAUACGUUUAGUUUGGUAGUAGUAGGUUCACUCAGCAGAAGAAGCGUCAAACAGUCAAGUAGAGUGAGUGAGUCUGGUUGGCACAACUAACUAAUGGGUUUGUGUCCGUGUUUUGGCGAUGAUUAUGAAGGAUCCGAAAACCCACCUGCGGAUCGUGACCCGCUUCUACUGGUUUCGGGCAUGGGUGGCUCCAUUCUCCACUCCAAACCCAAGAAAUUCGGUUUAACAACUCGUGUUUGGGUCAGAAUCUUCCUCGCUGACUUAGAAUUCCGAAAGAAGAUUUGGUCACUUUACAAUCCCCAAACAGGUUACACCGAAUCGUUAGACAAGAAAUCUGAUAUUGUUGUUCCUGACGAUGAUCACGGUCUCUAUGCAAUUGAUAUUUUAGAUCCAUCAUGGUUUGUAAAAUGUGUGCAUUUGACAGAGGUGUAUCAUUUUCAUGACAUGAUUGACAUGCUUGUUGAAUGUGGAUACGUCAAAGGAACCACUUUGUUUGGAUACGGAUAUGAUUUCAGACAAAGCAAUAGGAUGGACAAGUUAAUGGAUGGCCUUAAACUCAAGUUGGAAACUGCUUACAAAGCCUCUGGUGGAAGAAAAGUCAAUAUAAUUUCACACUCCAUGGGAGGGGUUUUGAUCUUGUGUUUCAUGUCACUUCACAGAGAUGUGUUUUCUAGAUAUGUGAAUAAGUGGAUUGCCUUGGCUUGCCCUUUCCAAGGAGCUCCAGGGUGCAUCAACGAUACUCUAUUAACUGGAUUAGAAUUUGUAGAAGGCUUUGAAAGCUAUUUUUUUGUGUCAAGGUGGACUUUUCAUCAAUUGCUAGUUGAAUGUCCAUCAAUCUACGAGAUGUUGGCAAAUCCGGAUUAUGAAUGGAAAAAGCACCCAGAAAUUAAAGUUUGGAGAAAGCAUAAUAAGGAUGGAAAUGUUAACAUCAAUUUGGAAUCUUAUGGACCAACCCAGAGUAUCUCUGUAUUUGAAGAAGCACUGAGGAACAAUGAGCUAAAGUAUAAUGGGAAAUUAAUACCACUGCCCUUUAAUUUAGCUAUCUUCAAAUGGGCUACUGGAACUCGUCAAGUUAUAAGUAAUUCUAAACUACCGGACGGGGUCAGCUUCUAUAACAUUUACGGAACAUCAUUUGACACACCUUUCGAUGUUUGCUAUGGUUCGGAAAAAUCUCCAAUAGACGACUUAUCUGAAAUAUGCCAGACAUUGCCACAAUAUUCUUAUGUUGAUGGAGAUGGAUCAGUUCCUGUUGAAUCGGCCAAGGCUGAUGGACUCGACGCCAUUGAAAGGGUAGGAGUUGCUGCUGAGCACCGUGGAUUAUUACGAGAUAAAACUGUAUUUCAACUUAUUCAAAAGUGGUUGGGUGUCGAGCCAAUUGUUAGCAAGCAAUCUAUGACAUCAAAAGUGGCAGAUGUGAAUGCAAUCAACCCUAUGGUUCUCUAAAUUUGUUUAUUUCUGAAAAUGAGGGUCAUAUCCAUGUGCUUGUAUUCCACGUUGAUGAAAGGAAAGUGUUUUACCACGGUAUCCUUUUUUAGAAAACAUACAAGAAACAUUGAAACACCUAAGCUGCAUAUGCAUUAAAUGGUUUGGUGCAACCAGUUACCGUGUAAUUUUAUUAUACAUUGUGUAUUGUAGAAUUCAAUAUUGGGGGUACUAUAUUUGGUGAUCAUGGGGCAAGAUGUAUCUAUUCUCACAUCUUGAAAACCUGCUGGGUGACUUAGUUCUCAGCAUGUACUGUUAUGAUAAUUUAUCUGAGCAUUAUUAUCAAUCUGCUUUGAUUCAACAUGUUCAAAUGUAAACUCUACUUUCACAGUAAGAAAUUCAAAAACUCAAAUGAGCACUAAAUUA